GCCUCUCGCUCCACCAGACGCCGAUCCCUGCGAGAAGCGGCAACGGCGGCGGCCGCGGCAGGACCUGGCAAGGAAGGAAGCGGCCGGCGCCCCGUUGCUUUGAGUGAGCGAGAAAUAGAAGGCCAGGCCGUCGUGAGUCGACAUGAUGCAGUGUUUAACCCAUCGGCUGGAACUGUUUCCUGACUGCCUGGUUACUCUUAUCCUGUUUAAUGAUGUGAAGAAUGCUGCCAUUCUAAGAAAAAAAGCCAUGGAAGGUGCUAUUGAUGGAGCAUUAAUUAGUCCUGAACUGAUUUCAGAUGCCUUGAAAAAGUUUGGCAUUUCAGACAGUGACUCUGCAGUACUCAUUGUUCUGGUGGAAGACAAAGAGAAAAGAGUGAAUCUGGAAAAUGUAGCAAGUCAAGUGGAUGGUCAGCAAGUUCCUUUGGCAGACCUCCCCCAGAUAACAGACAUAUCAAAAGUCAAAAAGAUAUACAAGCUCACGCCACAGGAAGCAAAAAUAGGAACACUGCUAGAUGGUAUCAUUUGUAGAAUGGCAACAAAAGAUGUUUCAUGAAAAAAUAUUGGAAAAAUUGUGGUCCAAUUCUGAAACAGUCAUAUACAUUCAGAAGCUGAAGGUGUCAAAAAUCCAUUGCCAAGAACAUGGAAAUAAUGUUGUUAGGCAUUAUGCAUUUUUUUUAAUAAAACAUUUCAAUACCUA